GCCAAUAUAAAUACAAAAAAUUAACAAAAAGGUAACCAAUAUCUGGAACUUUCCACAAAGGUCGUGAUUCUACACCUUUUAACAUGUUGAAUUUCCAGAACCAGAAAGAUUUAAACAUAUUUAGAUUCAAUCAUCAACUUCACCUUCCAAACCGCAAAACUGAAGAAAAGAAAGAGAGAAGAAGGGAUGGGUGUAGACUACUACAAAAUCUUGCAGGUUGAUAAGAAUGCCAAUGAUGACGAAUUGAAGAAGUCUUAUAGGAAACUUGCAAUGAAAUGGCACCCUGAUAAAAAUCCAACCAACAAAAAAGAAGCAGAAACUAAGUUCAAGCAAAUUUCCGAAGCCUAUGAUGUACUUAGUGAUCCUGAAAAGAGAGCUAUCUAUGAUCAAUAUGGGGAAGAGGGUUUAAAGGGUCAAGUUCCUCCUCCUGAUGCUGGUAGUGGUAGUGGAACUAGUUUCUAUUCCACAGGAGAUAUCCCCGGAUCGUUUCAGUUCAAUCCGAGGAAUGCAGAUGACAUUUUUGCUGAAUUUUUUGGAUUCUCAAGUCCAUUUGGUGGCAUGGGUGGAAGAGGUGGCAGUGGCGGCGGCGGCAUGAGAUCUAGGUUCCCUGGUGGAGUGUUUGGUGAUGAUAUGUUUGGAUCUUUCGGGGAAGGAGGAGGAAUACAUGUGAAUCAAGCUGCACCUCGUAAAGCUCCUGCUAUUGAGAACAAGUUGAGUUGCACUCUUGAGGAGAUAUAUAGAGGAACUACUAAGAAGAUGAAGAUCUCUAGAGAAAUAGCUGAUGCUAGUGGCAAAACCAUGCCAGUGGAAGAGAUAUUGACCAUAACUGUGAAGCCUGGUUGGAAGAAGGGGACAAAGAUCACCUUCCCAGAAAAGGGUAACGAACAGCCAAAUGUAACCGCUGCAGAUCUUGUUUUUGUGAUUGAUGAAAAGCCACACAGCAUCUUCAGUCGCGAAGGGAACGAUCUAAUUAUGACUCAAAAGAUAUCUCUUGCAGAGGCCUUAACUGGUUAUACAGUGCACCUCACAACACUAGAUGGUAGAAACUUAAGCAUACCAAUCAACAAUGUUAUCCAUCCUAACUAUGAGGAGGUUGUUCCAAAAGAAGGAAUGCCAAUCCCCAAGGAUCCAUCAAAGAAAGGGAAUUUGAGGAUAAAGUUUAACAUUAAGUUCCCAACUCGUCUCACUGAUGAACAAAAAGCAGGAAUUAGAAAACUCUUGGCUGCCUCGGGCUGAGAUUGUUUGAGAGUAUCUAUGGUCAUUGGCAGGAGGCAGAUAUGCUAGGGAGUACAUUUAUCUGAAAAUAUUUGAUUUACCUAUAAACUUGAAUGUUCUGUAUGCACUGGACCUGUUCAAAAUUUUCAAAAAGUUUGAUAAAAUAAAAGUUAAAUAUAUUUUUGGUCCUUACAAAUAUUUAAAAAAAAUUUAGUCUAUAAAAAAUUUCAGCAAAAUUUGGUUUUUCAAAUAUACUUUGCUGGUUCAGGAGGAGGGGUACUGGAAGCAGCGAGCCAAGAUGCAUUGGCUUCAAGAGGGUGACUUGAAUACUCGAUUUUUCCAUAUGUCCGCUUCAGCUCGUAGUAAGAAAAAAAAGAUUACCAAUCUUAUGGAUGACGCAGGUACUAUAGCUCAUACUCAAGAGGAUUUGUGCGGGGUAGCUAAGAAUUAUUUUAAUGCUCUCUUCAGAAAUAUAAGUGGUAUUCAUGAACCUGUGCUUAAUCUUAUCCAGCAAAGGGUGACAGAGGAGGAUAAUCAUUCACUUAUGGCACCCCUGACCAAAAUUGAAUUACAACAAGCUUUAUUUCAUAUGCACCCGGAUAAAUCACCAGGUCCUGAUGGUUUCAACCCAGCUUUCUACCAAAGGUUCUGGGAACAUUGCGGAGAUGAUAUUUUUGUAGCCGCAUUUUCCUGGUUAGAUAGGGGGUAUUUCCCUUCUAGCAGGGCCGGAUCCAGGAAUUUUAGUAAGUGGAGUCAAAAUUAUAACGUAAAAAAAUAUAAAUUGUUAUUUAUAUAAUUUUAACAUUUUCUUAUACAAAAUUAUUUAUUUUGGUUUAUUAGUCAAUACUCUUAAAAUACUCAUUAGUAU